AAUUGGCAUGUGCACUAUUUAGAAUACUCACGUGACAAGUCCAUGCUUGGGGUGCACUAUUUAGAAUGCGCACAUGUCAAUUAUAGUCAGAGUCUGGAGUAUAGUAUAGUAUAGUACUAGCUAGCUAGCUGCGUGCAGACCAUCUCUAGCUCUAUCAUCUCUAUCACUCAACCAACAUGGACUCCAUGGACUCAAGCUCCGAUUUUACAAGCGAGGCUGAAAUAGAUGAAAUAGACUCUGUAUCUCAGUCUCCACCAGCCUUCUCACCUCCAGCAGACCCAUCUAUCGGGAAUAUAAGGCCCAAGAGAUCACAAAAACCUUCAACUAAACUAAGAAAUAAUGCUGAAAACAUCAAGGCAGCACUUUUAGAUCUGUCAAGGGUUGCUAUUGUGAGGUGCACAAGGCCCAACUUAGUGAGCUGUCAACGGAGGGUGGUGAAGCACUCACUCUAGAGCAUCUGAAGAAGAGUAGCAAGUUGAUGCUGAGAUACAAGCGGAAAGACUACGCUGUUCAAUUUGUUCACUUCAAAGAUAAUUAUGACAAGGAGAAUAAAGAUAAGAAUGGGCCGAGAAAACAGAAGCGUCAACAGGAAAAAGAGGUAGAAGGCCUGCCAAGGCAAAAGGACACGUCAAAAGCGACGCUUGGUAUUCUCACGAACGCUCUGAAGAAGCGAAAAACAGUUGAAACAGUGGACUCAACUGCCGUUCUUAGUGACAAGGAUACUAAAUUUGAACGGGUAGAGAAACCCUUGUGUGAGGUGAUACUAGCGAGGAUCGACCGGAUGGAGAACACACUAUCUGAGCUAGUGGCACUCUUGAAGUCCCGUCCACAAUCUGUAGAAGAUGCAAGUGUGGCAGUAAAGCGUGAAACGUCUGAUGAAAUUAUAAACGGUCGGAAUGUAAUGCGUGUACCAGCAAGGGAUGCGUAUGCAUUUGCCCUCUUGCUCAUGGAUGCUCUGUUUUCAAGGGAGGAGCUGUCCGGAUGUCUACUAUACAAGUCAGACAAGAGCAAGAAACCUGGUCUGGAUGGGGAAAGGGUCCAACAAAUGAUGAUGCUGGUGGAGAGGAGGUUUGGCGCGGAAGGCUGGAAUGAUAAAACUUUAAUAGCAAAGGCAAACCAGAAGUGCCGGGAUUCUAAACCCAUCGUUAUUAAGGAGGACUGAUGCGCGCUCGUUCAUUCUGUUUAUGUUUUAUAUCAUUAGAGAUUGCAAGUUUCUGAAAAGUUACUCGAGUUCCCUUUGCAUGUUUCUCACAUGAUCCACUGAAAUUCAUGCGUGUUUCUUACCUAGCCCUUGCAUGAUUCUUUGACUAUAAAGGCAUAAGUUUCAGGUGUGUUUCUUGCAAUUGUAAUGCAUGAGCCUUACAUGAAUCUUGUAUAAGAUUCAUGCAGAGUAUCUUGCAUGGAGCUUGCACCAAAAU